AUGCCGAGGAAAGUGAAGAGAGGAGCAGGAGGAGGAGGAGGAGGAGGAGGAGGUAAAGGAGGAAGGACGGAGGAGGAGAGGCUUGUGUAUCAGCAGCAGAGAGCUCAGGCUGAGGAGGAGACCACCAAGAAGAAAGAGGAGAUCCUCACUCUGUUCCUCGAGGACAAGCUGCAGAAGGAGGAAAGGAACCGGGCGGUGAAUCUCCUGAAGCUCAGCGACGGCUGGAGGUCGAUUCUCCGACAGGUUCGAGCCUCCGAGCUCCGGAAAGACAUCGACGUCCUCAGCCACACGUUUGACAGACAGCUGGACGCCGUGGAUGAUGUCAUCAAGAGGCUGGGGCGGGACCUGCAGGAGGCGGAGCUUCAGGCGGCGCAGGUGCAGCAGCUCCACCUGCAGCACGUGGAGCGGCUGUGGGCGCAGCAGGAGAAACAUCUGGUGGUUCUGCAGCGGCAGUGGGAGGAAGGACUCCAGCACCUGAGCUGCACCUUCACCUCCGACAGGAGUCAGAUGCAGAUUCACUCUCAGCAGCAGCGAGCUGAUCUGGAAGAUGCAAAGUUCUCUGUGGAGCAGCAACAUGAAGCCGUGAUGAACGACGUCCUCGGGCUGUACAGUGAGAGCAUGGCAGCGUACGAGAGCGCUCACGAGGAGCGGGUAGGUCCCAGGAGCUCCUGUCCUCCAGCUCUGGCGGCUCUGCUCCUGGAGGGUUCCAUGCUGCUGAAGGAGAAGACUCGACAGAAGCAGGAGACUCUGCAGCUCCACCACAAAGAAGCAGCAGAGCUGGACGAGCUGCUGCUGAAGAACCAGCAGCUGAUGGAGACGAGUGACCGAAGCACGAGGAGACUCAGGAAGCUGCAGGACUCCAUGUUCCAGCUGAGGAUGAAGCUGAAGUCCAGUCAGACAGAGAAGGAGUUGGUGGAGCGAGAUCUGACGGCCGCCACAGACCAGGUGAACCAACGGACUCGCGAGCUUCGUGAUCAGCUGACCACGGGUCAGUCAGCGGCGAGGAAGCAUCUGGCUGACCUCAGCGUGCAGAGCAACGCCGCCGCCAAGAAGCUGCAGGAGGUCAUCGCCAAGGGGGACAGAGUUCUACGCGUCGCUGAAAUGUGCCGGAAGCUGGAGGAGGACUUCCUGUCUUCAGAUGAAGAUCGUCCCACAUGUGAGGAGGAAGCGGCUGAGGACACGUGUGAGUUUGCAGACUUGAGGCGUUUGACGCGGCUCAUCAGCGCCGCCCUGCUGCACCGAGAGCUUCUGAAGAACCGGCGAGACGAUCUGAGCCGGGAGAACCGGCAGCUCAAGGUUCUGCUGCGUCAGCACCUGGAGGCCAUGACGCUCAGCGACCACGGCCUCGGGGAACGCCACGCCCUGCUCAGCGUGACCCGGGCGCCGACCACGCCCGUCCAAUCAGACGCCGGCAGACAAUACACCGUCAUCGAGGCCGCGCACGCCGUCAGACAGAUGCUGUGA